AACCAUCUUUUGUGCAACCAUAAUAUAACCAUUUCAGAUCAGAAUUGUUAGAAAAAUCAAACUCGUUCAGUUUACUAAACUUUCGAAAGCGUCGCACGUGACCUGUAAAUAACUUCUUACGUGCCUGUAAGAGUCUAAGCAGCUUCUUAGGAGCCGAGCCGAAGAAGAGAGGGACCUCAGCUCAACGAGAGGGUGCUUCUCUUUGAAAGCACUGUGUGUGUGUGUGCUGUUUUUAGGCGUCCCGACCACCAGCCUGCAGCGAAGAGAAGAGCACUUGAACGAAACGUAAGACAUCAGGAAGCCCGACCAGCAGAAAACCACGCCGCUCCAAGAAGAUAUGUCGAGUGGUCUGCCAUUCCUGACGCGGGAACACCUGAGGUGCGCCUUAACUUCACCUGGCCGCCAGCGGCGCCACACCCUCCCGGCCAGCGAGUUCCGCUGCCUCACCCCGGAGGAUGCCAUCAGCGUGUUUGAGAUCGAGAGAGAAGCUUUCAUCUCGGUCUCCGGAGAUUGUCCCCUCCAUUUGGACAAGGUCCGCCACUUCCUGACCCUCUGUCCUGAGCUGUCUCUGGGCUGGUUUGAAGAAGGCAGGCUGGUGGCGUUCAUCAUCGGCUCCCUCUGGGACCAGGAGAAGCUCACAAUGGACGCUCUGACCCUGCACAAGCCCCACGGCUCCACGGUGCACCUCCACGUGCUGGCAGUGCACCGCACGUUCCGACAGCAGGGCAAGGGCUCCAUCCUGAUGUGGCGCUACCUGCAGUACCUGCACUGCCUGCCCUACGUGCGCCGCGCCAUGCUUAUGUGCGAGGACUUCCUGGUGCCCUUCUACCAGAAAUCGGGGUUCAAGGUCCUGGGCCCCUCCGAGAUCACCGUGGGGCCCCUGGCAUUCAUCGAGAUGCAGUGCCCCGUGAGGGGCCACGCCUUCAUGCGACGCAACAGUGGCUGCUAGGCUGGCCUUGCCGCCUGUUUCUCAGGCAGUGGAGCCCAGGGUGGCGUCUCGUCAGGGUCCGUAGGUUAGCUGUGUCAUGUUGGCUGAGCUAGUGCAGCAUUUAGAGACUAGGCUUUCUGCACUGCGCGGCAAGAUAGCCUCCAUUUGUAAUAAUAGUUUACUUUCUUCAUCAGCUGUGUGUUAGCCCCUGCUGGUGCAGUAGGGUAACCCUGCAGAGACACGCACAGAAUCCUCUUUGAAAAAGUUCAGGUUUGAGGUCUAUCAAAACCUUUUCUCCAGGUCCAUACAUAUGCUGAAAACCUAGGCUAAUAAAAGAGGCCAUUAUGGAUGUCAUUACCAGCCCUGGGACAAAUAUAUUUGUAUUUGAGAUUUUAUUUCUAAGUAUUUCUAAGUAAAGAUUUUUUCUGCACUCAAGUAUUUAUUUAAAAUAUUUUAAUAUAAAACCAAAUAGAU